AUGACCCAUUACAGUGCUCUAACCCAGCGCUUCUCUAACUGGGGGACACAGAAUCCUGGAGUGGGUGAUCAGCAGGCCCGUCUGGCCCUUAAUCCUACAGCACCUCUACACUGCAGCAGCUCGUGUCAGCUUAACACAGGUGAAGGAAAGAGAAGAAUAAACCCUGACAGCACUGCAGACUGUGGAGCACGCCCAGGAGAGCAGCGGCUCAGUGUCCGGCAGGCGGCGCUGCAGGGCGGCAGAGUGACAGAAGCAGAGGAGAAGAAGGAAGAAGAGGAAGAAGAAGAAGAAGAGGAGGAGGCUGAUGGCGGAGGCUGGACUCACAGCCGAAAAGCAGAGCUCAGAGUGACGCUCACACUGCGCCCACACACACACACCGCGGGGGUCAUGGCGUCCGACGACACGCUGCGCUCGCUCAUGUUCACGCUCAGUUACGUGCUGAUGAAGCGGCGGCGUGACGUCACCAGCGCGGACGCGACGCGUAGACGCGAGGUACAGAGACGCGUCGCGCACCGGCAGUAUUUCCACCAGAGACACAAGAGGAUGAUCAUGAUGAUGAUCGCUCAGACGUCUCGGCCAAUCACAGAGCUGCCGGCCCGGCCCACACGCGUCUGGAGCAACAUCGAGAGCACCGAUUGGUGGGAGCGAGUGGUGAUGAGGGAGUUCCAGCCGUCUGAUUGGCUGGAGAAGUUCCGCAUGACGAAGGAGACGUUCUUCCUGCUGUGUGGGAAGCUGAAGCCGCGGCUGAACCGCCAGGACACGCGUCUGCGGCCGGCGCUGCCGCUGGAGAAGCGUGUGGCGGUGGCGCUGUGGCGGCUGGCGUCGAACGUGGAGUACCGCACCAUCAGCACGCUGUUCGGCGUGGGCCGCUCCACCGUCUGCAAGUGUGUGCGUGACGUGUGCCACGCCAUCGUGCUGCUGCUGCGGCCGCUGUACCUGCGCACGCCCAGCGAGCAGGAGCUGGAGGACGCCGCGCGCCUCUUCGCCACCCGCUGGGGCUUCCCGCACUGCGUGGGCGCGGUGGGCAGCCUGCACGUACCCAUCAUCGCCCCCUCCAGCAACACCGACAACUACUGGAACAGCCGCGGCUGGCUGUCGGUGGUCACGCAGGGCGCGGUCAACGGUCUGGGCCAGUUCUGGGACGUGUGCGCCGGCUUCCCGGGCAGCACCGAGCACUCCGCCAUCCUGCAGAACUCCACGCUGUGGGCGCGCGGCUGCGACGGGGGCUUCCUGCUGCGCCAGCCGCCGCUGGACUUCAUGGGCCACCCGCUGGGCUUCCUGAUGCUGGGCGACGCCGGGUACCCGCUGAAGAGCUGGCUGCUAAAGGGCUACCCCGAGUCCAGCGGGCUCACGGCAGGCCAACGGGCCUUCAACCGGCGGCUGGAGCGGGCGCGCAGCGUGGUGGACCAGGCCUUCCUGCGGCUGCGGGCGCGCUGGCAGUGCCUGCUGAAGCGUAACGACUGCCGCAUGGACGUGGUGCCCACCAUGAUCCUGGCCUGCUGCGUGCUGCACAACGUGUGCGAGCUGCACGGCGACGCCUUCGCGGAGCGCUGGGAGGAGGCGGUGCGGCACGAGGAGAGCCCGCAGCCCGCAGACGAGGUGUCGCCCGCCGCAGACGACCCGCAGGCAGAGGAGGUGCGGGCGCGCUACUGCCAAUACUUCCUCCAGCAGGAGGCGCAGCAGCGGGCACUGACCUGCUGAACACCACAGCGGGCACACACGACCAGCACUGCUGCACUGGAGGAGCACGGGCCGGAUGGGCCAGAGAGUGUGUGUGUGUGUGUGUGUGUGCGGUACAGGUUUAGCUAUACUUGUGAGGGUCCGGAUGUCUCCUGUUCUACAGUGUGAGGUCGCAGUGGUCCGCUGGUGUUUCUCUGCUCCUCACUGAUUAUCAAGAUGUGCUAAUCAGUGUCUGAUGAUGGGCAGCGCCCAAACACACCAUCAUCAACCUGAGAGCAACACUGUGCACAUCCUCACUGAUACUGAAACAAACUUGUGUGUGUGUGUGUGUGUGUGUGUGUGUGUGUUUUGACUCUGAUCAUCAGUGUGUACUGUAUGGGUGUUUUAAUCAUCAUUCCUUCAUAGUACAGGAGUGUGUUUCCGUCACUGUGGUGUGUGUGUGUGUGUGUGUGUGUGUGUGUGUGUGUGUGUGUGUGUGUGUGUGUGUGUGUGUGUGUGAGAGAUCUGCUUGACUGUACCGUAAUAAACGGCUGUAAAUCUCAA